AGGAGCAAGUGUCUUCUUCUUCUUUUUUUUUUUUUCUUUUACAGUGGUUAACAUUUGAUCUGAUAUUACUCGAUUAUUCCUGCUUUUCUUGACAUCUCUCACAUUCCUUUAUUUGCCUUAUCAUCUCUCUUCCCUAAGGCUAAAUAAAUCUCUGCAGUGCCCUGUCUCCAGCCUGGUUUAACCAUCUUAAUGAGUACAUGUUUGUUUUUGUUUUUCUUAUAUCAAAUGAUUUUUCCCCCUAGUUUUUAUUAUCCUGGCUGUUUUUGUAAGGUCCUCUUUAAGACCUGAAUCAGCUCGCAGGCCAGUCUGGAGGGAAUUCACAGAGUUAUUGGCUUGACCAAAAAUCCAUUUUGCCCAACCCAGUAUUUACUAAAGAUGGCAUUUCUUACUCAAGCUCACUGAAGUCACAGGAUACCGGAAUUGGCAUUUGUUGAACAUUUCCCACGCCUGAAGUUCCAAAAAGCCCCUUCAUCCAUGAUAAUUAUCUUAUAAACAGGCUCCUGAGGCUCCUGGCCAGAAGCUGGAGGGGGCUUGGCCAACACGAGCACCAAACGACUCAACGGUGCUUUCUGGCUCUGAGAUUUAAAAAAUGUCUGCAGACGACGGAGGCAUCCGAGCUACCCAGGACAAGGAGAGAGGCCAAGAGACUCCAGGUCAUGGGCAUUCUUGUCAAGAAAUGCUCUCUGAGUCAGAGGGGACAUUGCCUCUGGGAGAGGCCCGGGAGUCACCCCACAUCAAGAUGGAGCCAGAGGAGCCACACCCUGAAGGGAUGUCGCAGGAGGCCAGAGCUCAAGGAGCGCGGGGCUGGAUGCCCCUAAGCCAGGGUGCUAAGGAGAAAGUGUGUUUCCUGCCUGGAGGAGCCCUCCCGGCCCCCCAGAUUCCUCUGCUCUCCCGCGAGGGGAGGACCAGAGACCGGCAGAUGGCCGCGGCGCUCCUCACUGCCUGGUCCCAGAUGCCGGUGACCUUUGAUGACGUGGCUCUGUACCUCUCCCGGGAGGAAUGGGGGCGGCUGGACCACACCCAGCAGAGCUACAGGGAGGUCCUGCAGAAGAGGAGCGGGCUGUCCUUGGCAGGGUUUCCCUUCAGCAGACCCUUCUGGGCCUCUCAAGUGCAGGGCAAGGGCGAGGCCCCGGGCUCCAGCAGGCAGUUGGGACAUGAGGAGGAGGAGAAAAGAGGACUCCCCUGGGGCCCUCAUGAAAGCCUCUCUCUUGCUGGAAACCCUGUUCAUCCAGGAGCGGUGGAGGCAGACAAGGAGGAGCUGGCUGCGUCGCUGGGAGCCCUUGGCGAUGUAAAGUCCUUCAAAAGCAGAGUGGGAAGAGGCCAGGGGGAGGCCCCGCGGUGUGGGCAGCGAGCAGCCAGCGGCCAGAACUCAGGGCCAGCCAAGGGCGAUGUGCAGCCCCAUCCCGUGGAGGAGGCACAGCUGGAAUCAGCCCCGCCUGACACCGACCUCCCGAAAACCCAGGAGGGCCACUUCCCAGAACAACCCAGAGAGGGGGGCACGGCCGCCCCCGAGAGCGGCGAGGAAGGCCUGGCGCUGGACAGCGAGGCGGGCAAGAAGACCUACAAGUGUGAGCAGUGCGGCAAGGCCUUCAGCUGGCACUCACACCUGGUGACGCACCGGCGCACACACACGGGCGAGAAGCCCUACGCCUGCACGGACUGUGGCAAGCGCUUCGGCCGCAGCUCGCACCUCAUCCAGCACCAGAUCAUCCACACGGGCGAGAAGCCCUACACCUGCCCAUCCUGUUGGAAGAGCUUCAGCCACCACUCGACGCUGAUCCAGCACCAGCGCAUCCACACGGGCGAGAAGCCCUACGUGUGCGACCGCUGCGCCAAGCGCUUCACCCGCCGCUCAGACCUGGUCACCCACCAGGGCACCCACACGGGCGCCAAGCCGCACAAGUGUCCCAUCUGUGGCAAGUGCUUCACGCAGAGCUCGGCCCUGGUCACCCACCAGCGCACCCACACCGGUGUCAAGCCCUACCCGUGCCCCGAGUGCGGUAAGUGCUUCAGCCAGCGAUCCAACCUCAUUGCGCACAACCGCACACACACCGGCGAGAAGCCCUACCACUGCCUCGACUGCGGCAAGAGCUUCAGCCACAGCUCGCACCUCACCGCCCACCAGCGCACCCACCGAGGCGUCCGGCCCUACUCCUGCCCGCUGUGCGGCAAGAGCUUUAGCCGGCGUUCCAACCUGCACCGGCACGAGAAGAUCCACACGGCGGGGCCCAAGGCCCUGGCCAUGCUGAUGCUGGGCGCGGCCGGGACUCUAGCGGCACCCCCGCCUGCCCCUACCUAGGAGGCUGGGAGGGAGGGGCCAGGGCAUCUGCUGUGGGGGUAUGACCUGGGAGACCCAAGAAGGGAGGCGGGGAGGUGCUGGCAUGGGGGUGGCAACACGGGAGGAGCUCGGAUGAGGACCAGGCAUGCUCGCCGCAAAUUAAAGGCCUUGGAAUUCAA